GGAAAACAAAGACCAGACUGGACAAAGACGAGAAGCAAGAAGGAAGCUAAGACCACACGACCGCAACGCCACCGCCCAGCCCACGUGCUCGUUGCCUUUCAACAAGCAAAGAGCAAAACAAGCCGGCGUGGCCGCGCCCAGCACCGUCACGUGACCCCGGGGAGCGGCGCUUCCGGCGGAGGCGAGGCCGAGUACCACUUCCUCCUGUGUGCAGGCUGCACACCCAGGUGGGACCUGCGCGACCCCCAGAUAAGCGGUAACCAUGGCAACAGGCUGUGCAGCCAGCGGUCAGGCGACCCAGGCGGCGGGGGCCGAGGGGGUAGAAGGUGAGCGUGUCAAACCUUUUACUCCAGAGAAAGCAAAAGAAAUUAUAAUGUCUUUACAGCAACCUGCAAUCUUCUGUAACAUGGUUUUUGAUUGGCCAGCACGACACUGGACUGCAAAGCACCUUUCUGAGGUUCUUCAGGGCAAGAAAAUUCAAUUCAGAAUGGGCCUGAGAAGCAGAGACACAGUUCCCCAGUUUGAAACUGCAUGUAGUUAUGUGGAUGCUACACUUAAGGAAUUUCUGACCUGGAACUAUGACCAGUCUGGUGUCGCUGGGCCAUUUAAAGAUUACAGCAAUUCCAAAUUCUGGGCUUAUGCUGACUAUAAAUAUUUUGUCAAUGUAUUUGAAGACAUGACAGAUAUUUUCCAGGAGGUGAUGUGGUCUGACUUUGGGUUUCCUGGAAGAAAUGGACAGGAAAGUACAUUGUGGAUUGGUUCCCUGGGAGCCUAUACCCCCUGCCAUCUGGACUCCUAUGGUUGCAACUUAGUAUUCCAGGUACAAGGAAGGAAAAGAUGGCACCUCUUCCCUCCUGAAGAUACACCUCUCCUUUAUCCAACCAGAAUCCCUUAUGAAGAGUCUAGCGUGUUCAGUAAAAUCAAUGUUGUUAAUCCUGAUUUCAGGCGUUUCCCUCAGUUCCAGAAAGCUAGACGACAUACGGUCACACUGAGCCCAGGACAGGUUCUGUUUGUUCCCAGACACUGGUGGCAUUAUGUGGAGUCAAUUGAUCCUGUUACCAUCAGUAUAAACUCCUGGAUUGAGCUGGAAGAGGACCACCUAGCCCGGGUGGAAGAGGCAAUCACCCGCAUGCUCGUGUGCGCACUGAAAACUGCAGAGGAUCCGCACAACACCAGAGCCUGGUUGAACCCCACUGAGGUUGAGGAAACAUCCCAUGAAGUCAACUGUUGCUAUUUAAAUGGCGCUGUUUCUGCCUUUUUUGAUCACUGUGGAACAUCUAAAGUAGUAGAAAUUCAAGCACUGAGAACAAAUGGGGAAAACAUGAAAAAGGAAGAGUUAAGUGUGUGCAGGCACAUGGAGGUGGAACACAGUGUAACCACCGGAACUGGAAAACAGGAGGCUGCAAGUCCCUUUGGCCCUGAUCUGGUCCCUGUGGCACCAGCCUUUGAAGACCCACCUUCAGAGAGAAGAGGCACAGAGAGUGAUGGCAACAGGGACAGAGAACCGUCUGCAAAACUGCACUGUGCUGAAAGGCAGUGUGUGAAGGGCAAAGACCAGAGUGCAGGGGUGGAGCAGGUGGCCUCAAGCCGCCCUGGGGCCCCUUCUCGAGCAUUCGUUUCUACAGAUGACUUGCUGGACUGCUUGGUGAAUCCACAAGUAACCAGGAUGGUCGCACAGCUUUUGAUACAGGGAAAAAGUUUGUGAUCCUAAUAGAUUGUUUUUAACUGUCAUUUAAAAAUAUUUUUUAAAAUAAUGUGACUUGUUCAGUUUUUUUUAAUUUAUUCUUUGAGAAUUUCAUACAUUACACAAGCUGUUUUAAUCAUAUCCACCCCUACUCCCCACCCCCAACUCCUCCCAGAUCCCCCACAUUCCCUUCCAAACUUCAUGUCCUCUUUUUCUUUUCUUUUCAACCCAGUGAGUCCAGUUACUGCUGCCCAUAUGCACAUAGGUGUGGUGCUCACAUCCCAAAUGGGCAGCACUGAUUGGACCCAGUUGGUGGCUGGUCAGCCUCCUGGGCGCUAUACACCUGAAGAAAACUGACUCUACUUCCACAAGUAAUCAGCUGUCAGUAGCUCUUCAGCUGGGGGUGGGAGUGCCCAUGCCCCUCCCCCACCCCUGCUGGAAUGUUGGCUUGAUCUUGCACAAGCAAACAGCUGCUGUGAGUUCAUGAGUGCAAAGGUUCUGUCAUGUCCAGGAGACACUCUUUUGCCUUAAUCCUCCCCAACCUCUGGCUCUUACAAUCCUGUGACCCCUCUUCUGUGCUAUUCCCUGAGCCCUGAGGAGAGGGUGUGUGGCAUAGAUGUCCCCUUUGUGGCUGAGCACUCCACAGACACAUAUUAUGUACAGUUUGAACAAUUGUGAGUCUAUAUUCUGUCCACUGC